AUGUCUCAAAUGCAACGAACUCGCAACCAGUACCUUACCUCCCUUGAAUCCACCCAUCAAUCACUCUUCCUCUCCUCGGUCGUUAUGGACUUCCACCAGGACGAUCACGACCAACAUCAGCAACACCAGCAACACCAGCAACAACAGCACCUCUCCCUCACACCAGCAGCCGCCUCCACCUCUUCUGACAACGUGGAGGAGCACAAUAACGAUCUGUCGAACCUCGAUGACCAGUUCAUGGCCCUGGAGAUCGAUACCCCCCAAGACUUGCCUCAAGACCCUUCCCAAGACUACCAGCCCGAAGAAGCCAUGGUUGUUGCCGGGGCGACCUCCUUCUUUGCAGACACCUCUGGCAGCAGCGGAUUCUUUGCUGACCCCGCCGCAAGCCCAAACGGCUACAACAGCCAGCACCUCCACUGCGAUGUAUUCGAGUACUACGAUGACGACCACUACUACUCGGUCGGUGGUUCGAUCCAUCUCUACGAUACUCCUAUGACCUCCGCCGACUAUACCCACACCAGCACCAGCACCAGCACCAGCUCCAAGCUUGAGCGCUAA